AUGAGGCUACUACCAUGGACUUCUCUCGCAUCAUUAGCAAGCAGCGUAAACGCCGUCUCACCACUCGUCAGUCUCGACUACGCAACAUAUUCGGGCGAAGCACUCGACAACGGCAUUACGAAAUGGCUCGGACUCCGCUAUGCAGCACCUCCCAUUGGCGAUUUACGAUUCCAAGCACCUCAAGAUCCUGCACCGCAAAACAACGGCACCAUCUCCGCCACGGAGCCGGGCAAAACUUGUUUGUUUACAGGUCAGACGGGCAGUAAUGCGCCCGAUGACGAACAUGAUGAAGAUUGUUUGUUUUUGAGUGUGCAUGCACCGAGUAAUGCGACUGUGGAGAGUAAAUUGCCCGUGUUCUUUUGGGUGCAAGGUGGAGGGUUUAAUCAGUUGAGUAAUCUCAAUUAUGAUGGUUCGGGGAUUAUUCAAGCGGCCGAGUAUGAUGCGAUUGUGGUGCAGUUGAAUUAUCGGGUUGGAUUGUAUGGGUUUUUGGCGGGUGCUGAGGUGGAAAAGGGUGGGAGUAUUAAUAAUGGAUUGAAAGAUCAGAGAAAGGCGUUGGAGUGGGUGCAAAAGUACAUCACUUCCUUUGGCGGCGACCCUUCGCGUGUCACUCUGGGAGGCGCCAGUGCUGGGGGUCAAAGUGUAUGUCUUCACGUUACUGCGUAUGGAGGACGAGACGACGGCCUCUUCCAGGCCUCAGCAGCAGAAUCGCAAUCAUUCCCGGACCUGAGAACAGUUGCCGAAUCCCAAUUCGCAUACAACAACAUUGUCAUUCGCACGGGAUGUAUGGACAGCAACGACACCCUGACAUGUCUCCGAAACCUCACCGCCACAGAACUCCAAGCCCAAAACUUCAACACUCCCUACCCCGGUGCCCAAAACGCACCUCUCUUCAUGUACGGACCCACGCUCGACUACGACUUCGUCAGCGACUACACCCUCAACGCAUAUGCCCAAGGAAAAUUCAUCAAAGUCCCCGCAAUCUACGGCGACGACACGGACGAAGGAACCCUCUUCGCCCCGAAAUCCACCUCCUCAUACAGCCAAACGAGCACAUUUAUCCAAUCCCAAUUCCCCUCUCUCACCCCUCUUCAACUCGGCACCAUCAAUUCUUUGUUUCCAGUCACAGACCAACCACCGUGCUGCUUCAACAACACCGGCCCGUUUUUCCGUCAAGCCGCAGACGCAUAUGGCUCUCUGCGAUACAUAUGUCCCGGAAUUCGCGUUUCAUCAAUUCUCUCUGCAAAUUCCAUCCCUUCCUACAAUUAUCGUUGGAACGUCAUCGAUCCUGCUGAUGCCGCAGAGGGAUUGGGAGUCACUCAUACGAUUGAAGUUCAAGCGAUUUUUGGACCGGAGAAUACUCAGGGUGGCGGACCCGAGAGUUAUUUACCGGGAGGCGAGAAUGCGGCGAUUGUACCUGAGGUGCAAGGCUAUUGGACGAGUUUUAUUAGGACGACGGGGGAUCCGAAUGAGAUGCGGAGGGAGGGUUCGCCGAGGUGGGAGGUUUAUGGGAGUGUGGAAUUGGAUGGGUCCAGGUUGAUGUUUCAGACGAAUCGGACGGAGAUGGAGGAGGUACCGGGGAGGCAGCAGAGGCAGUGUGCGUAUUUGACGAGUAUUGAUGAUUUGAUAGAGUUGUAG